UUCCUGCUGAAGUUCAGCGCGGGUUCGUGCUAACAUGAGUUAGAGAAGAGCGGAAUAAAUUCAUCAGUUUAUUAAUAACAGCUUUAUUAUUUUUACUUUGAGCUAUUAUUGUUGUUCACGGAAUUGGCGGGAGUCUUCGCAAAGAUGGCCGACGAUCCGGACUCCAUUCCUGAGAGAGAGAUGAAGGACUUCCAGUUCCGUCAGAUGAAGAAGAUCCGUGUGUUUGAGUCGUGUGCGGAUCUGCCGAAGGAGCGCUGCAGUCUGCUCUGCGUCUCCAACAGGUACGGCCUGACAAUCGCCGGCCGAGAGCGAGCGCUGAAGCUGUUCUGGACCCGAGACGUGAUCGCAGCCGGACGCACAGAGGGAAACCCGAAUGACACCGUGGAGUGUGCGUGCGCAGUCACAGCAGAUGUGGACGUGUGUCUCCAUCAUAUUUCUCUGAGCUGUGAUGAGCUCAGUCUGUGUGUGUGUGGAUCGGGAGACGCUGCAGAGCUCAUCAUACACUUCUAUGACGUGCGCAGCUUCCUCAACAAGCAGGACAGACAGCAGAAGCGGCCCUUCUGCUCCUUCAGACCGCCGGUUUCUCCAAACACACUGGUUCAGGAUCUAAAGUGGAGUCCUGUGGACCCGUCCCGUCUGGCCGUCUGUCUGUCUGAUGGCAGUAUGAUGGUGCUGGACGUCCAGGACUCGGUCACUGUCAUCGCUCAGCUUCCAGCAUCUACAGGAAUCACCUGCGUUUGCUGGAGUCCCAAAGGGAAGCAGGUUUCUGCUGGGAAGCAAGACGCCACCGUGGUUCAGUUCACUCCUACAUUACAGGCUAAGAAGGUGAUCCCGUGUCCCAAUUUCUACAGCCAGGAUCACCCUGUCAAAGUGCUGGACGUGUUGUGGCUGAGCACCUACACUUUCGCGGUGGCGUACGCAGCAGCAGAUGGAUCUCUGGAGACGCCGCCGGAGCUGGUGGUGGUGUCCAUACCUAAAAAGGAUGAGAAGAGAGACGAGCGCUACCUGAACUUCAAUGAUCUGGUGUACGGCACCUGCACUGAGAGACAGCACCAUUAUUACCUGUGCCACAUCGAGGACUGGGAUCUGGUUUUGGCUGCUUCAGCUGCUGCUAUUGAGGUCAGCAUCAUCGCCAAACAAGAGGACAAGGUGAACUGGGAGCUUUGGCUGCUGGAAGACGCCAGUCGAGCGGAGCUUCCUGUCACGGAGAACAGCGAGGACACACUUCCUGUGGGCGUGGCCAUAGAUUACACCAGCCAGGAGGACAUUCACCUGUCUGAUGAGAAGAAGGUUCCUGCUGCACCGACGCUGCUGCUGCUCUCCACUGAUGGAGUUCUGUGUCCGUUCUCCUUACUGAACCUGAACCCGGGAGUCAAACAGCUGAACACCACUGCGGUACCACUGCCGCUGGACGGAGAACGAGCGCCUGCCGCCAAGUCGUCUUUCCCUGCUGCUCCAUCCUCCAUCUUCCCAUCAUCCUCCACCACUGCUCCUCCCCCAGCCACAUUAUCCUUCACAGCCCCACCUCCAGUGACCUCCUCUGCCCCGCCCCCUUACACAUUAUCCUUCACAGCUCCGCCCUCUGCUACCUCAUCAUUCACAGCCCCAGCUACAUCAUCAUUCACAGCCCCGCCCUCUUCCAUCUCAUCCUUCUCAGCCCCUCCCCCAACCACUUCUUCAUUCUCAGCUCCACCUCCAGCAUUAUUCACAGCCCCGCCUCCUUCCACCUCAUCUUUCUCAGCUCCGCCCCCAGCAUCAUUUUCAGCCCCACCCUCAGCCACUUCAUCCUUCUCAGCCCCGCCCCCAGCUACUUCAUCAUUCGCAGCCCCGCCCCCAGCCACCUCCUCAGCUCCGCCCACCUCCUCCUCCGGUUUCUCCUUUUCUCUUCCUCCUCUGAGCUCUGCGGCUCCUCCAGGUUUUUCUCUGGGCUCCAGCAGCUCAGGUUUCUCCUUCAAUCCACCCAAACCCUCGUCGUCCUCCGCUGCAGGCUUUUCUUUCAGCUCCUCCACCCUAAAGGAGGCCACUGGUGCUCCCGUUCCUCCCCAGCGUCCGCCCAGCAUGUCUCCAAUCAUCAGUGUACCUAAAGCACCGGCGGAGCCUGCGACUCCUGCUGUCAAGAUGAACCUCACUGACAGGUUUUCAACAGUGGAGGCUCCCGUUCAGCCGUUCUCUCUGACCUCCACACCCAAACCCACAGCAGAGUCCAGCGGCUCCACAACAGCAGCGCUCAAACCCUCCGCUCCUGCAGUGUUGUCUCGGGUCAGUGUUCCUCCAGCUGCUCCUGCAUCCAGCACUCCAUCUGCUCCGCCUGUGUCUGUGAAAGCGCUGGAGAAGCAGCUGCAGCAGAAGAAAGACUCGGACCCCGUCAUGACUGGAAUACUGGAGGAGAUCGGACUUUUCCAGAAGGAGCUGGAGGAUCUGAAGAGCCGCUGCAGGAACGCAGACUUCAGGGUGGGCAGCACUGACGACAUGAGGGACCUGCGGAAAGAGUCGGAAAACCUGAACACAUUCACACUGGAGAUUAAAGACACCACUGAGUCUCUGCAUGGAGACAUCAGUGCACUGAAGACCAGUCUGCUGGAGGGUUUCGCCGGGGCCGAGGAGGCGCGAUCUCAGAGCGAACUCAACCAGGAUAAAGAUUACCUACAGCUGCUCUACAAGAAACCCCUGGACCCUCGGCGGGACGAGCAGCUCAAGGAGAUCCGCCGCUUGUACCAGUACGUGAAGUUCGCCAUGGAAGACGUGAACGAUGUGCUGGACGUGGAGUGGGAAAAACACUUGGAGAAGAAGAAGAAACAGCGGCACAUGAUCGUCCCGCAGCGAGAGGCUCUGUUCGCAGCGCUGGCCAAUAAUCUGGACAUCAUCAACCAGCAGAAGCAGCGUCUGGACCGUCUGACCUCUGACCUCCACACACUGCGGCUCUACAGAGGAUCUGCGCUGUGGAGCUUCAGCAGCCGAGCGCCAUCAACACCCACUGAACAGAGUCUGGACAGUGAGCUGGAGAGCUUGAAGGAUGCCCUCCUGAAGGCCAGUCUGGAGACGAGCCCUAAAGCUCCUGCUAAAUCUCCAGCUAAAAUGACUCCAGUCAAACAGUCUCAACUGAGGAACUUCCUGUCGAAGCGUCAGACUCCACCGGUGCGCUCCACUGCUCCAGCGAACCUCUCUCGCUCGGCCUUCCUCUCUCCUCAGUUCUAUGAGGAUCUGGAUGACGUGAGCUCCAGCUCGUCUCUGUCUCAGCCUGUUGAGGAUCCCGAGGACAGACUGGCAGUGGCGGAGGAAGAGGACGAGCCCCUGCCGGUCCCGCUGCUGACUCCGGCUGUCCCCAGACACCCUGCAGUGGUGCGGACGCCCUCCAUCCAGCCGGGCUUCAGCAUGCAGAGCAGCCCCUUCAGCAGAGUGCAGAGCGGCCCUAUAAGCACCAUCAGCACCGUGCCGAAGAUCAACAUGGACAGUGCAGACAGCACAGCGUUAGCCACAAAAACAGUCAAACACGGAGCUCCGCCCUCAGAGAAGACCACGCCCACAACAAUCCCCGCCUCUCAGGCUGCAGCAAGAGCCGCCCUCAGCAGACACAUGAGCAGCCAGAAACCAGGAGGGUCUCUGACAGAGUCCACACUGAAGACGGUUCCUCAGGUGGUGAAUGUGCAGGAGCUGAAGGAUAAAGGUCCACCUGUACCUGUGUCCACCGUCAUCAGUGCGUCUGUUCCUGCACCGGCGGCUCAGGUGGUUCAGCAGGUUCUGGCAACAGUGGAGGCCAGUAAAACGUCCUUUCAGGGUGCAGUAAAGGUCUCUGCUCCGCUGGCCGGUCCUGCACAGGCCACAGCAGCAAACUUUGUGUUCGGUGUAGCUGCUAAACCCGACGCAGGAGCUGCUUCAUCUGUCAGCGAGAAGAACGCAAAGAGCUUUUCAUUCUCUCCUGCGUCAUCUGGGUUCAGUUUCACCUCACAAUCACAGGACAACAACAACAGUCAAGCGAAGAUCUCCGCUCCACCAGGCAAGUUCUCCUUCGCAAGCGGUGCUGGAGCCAAAAUGGCGUUUGGCCCUGUAGUGUCAGAGGAGCCGUUCUCCUUCUCAAAAGUAUCGUCUCCAGCAGCAGCACCCGUGAUCUCUGCUUCUCCUGAACCUCCCAAAGCUGCAAAACCCAGCACUGGAGAAACCCUCGGCAGCUUCUCUGGUUUACGAGUCGGCCAAACCGAAGAACUCCAGGAAUCUCCGUCAGGCUUCAUCUUUGGGCCUCCAGCGAACGGAUCUAAAGGAUUCUCCUUCAAUCCUGCACAAAUAAACCCAGCAGAGUCUGUAAGUCCAGCAGAAUCCACAGCAGAGCCUGUGAAAUCGGCGCCGACACAAGCAUUCGGCUCAUCCGCAUUCGCAUUUAAACCAGCAGAAGUCGCAUCUCCGUCAGUAAAGCCAACAUUCUCCAUUCCCACAUCAUCAUCAUCAUUUCCAGCAGCCGCCACUUCUUCUUUUGGGAGUCUUCUGCGCGCUCCUUUACCAGAAACGACAACAAAUGUUUCUACAAAGCCAGAGAUGACAACAUCUUCUGAGUUGGCUCCAUCUGCGGAUGAUACCCAAUCUCCAGCAGAGCCUAGUACUCCUAAACAAUUAGCCGCUGCAGAAUCCACCCCUCCAGCCAAUACUGAAACCCCUAUUCCAGCAGAAUCCAGCAAACCUCCAUCUCCUCCAGCUGCUGUAGUCUCUCCUACACCUCCUCCAUCAGUUUCUCCACCUUCAGAAUCUGCUCCGCUAGUCUCCGAACCGCCGUUAGCAGAAACGGUGACAGAUUCUCCAUCUGAAACCACUAAUACUUCAACACCAGCUCCAGCAUCCACAGAAACUCCAGCUGCUCCUGCAUCCGAUAAACCUGGGUCAAUCUUCGCUCCUCCAUCGGGCGCUGCAGAUCAAGUUCCAGCGGUGGUGUCCACCGUAUCUCCAACACCAGUGUUUUCUUCUUCGUCAUCCUCCACCUCAGCAUUCGGAUCUUCUGCUUUUGGCACCAACUCUGCCUCCUCCGGCUUCGGCAAACCUGCCUUUGGGCAGAGUGCUGGUUUUGGGCCUCCGGCUGCGUCUGGCUCCGCUAGCGGCUUCAGUUUUGGUCAGCCAGCGUUCAGUGCUAGCAGCAGCUCUGGGUUUGGGCCGCCGGCUGCAUCCGCCAGUACUGCGCCCCCUAGCAGUGUUUUCGGGCCCUCCACGGCCACCAGCGCCGGGUCUUUCUCAUUUGGAACCGCUGGCUCCGCACCUAGCACUGGCUCCGGCCUCUUUGGACAGACUAGCACUUCUGGCUUCGGGCAGCCCAGCGCAGGCUUCGGUCAGGGGGCUGUUUUCGGCAGUAACACCACCACUGCGCCGUCCUCUGGAUUCAGCUUCGGACAGCCGUCAGGGUUUGGCAGCAGCACCUCCUCCUCAUCUGUGUUUGGACAGCAGGCCAGUGGAGCAGGAGUCUUCGGUCAGGCUCCGUCUGGUGGUCUGUUCGGCUCAAAUGCUGCCAACGCUUCAUCAGGAUCAGGGUUUUUCAGCGGCCUCGGAGGGAAACCCAGUGAAGACGCCGCUAACAAGAACCCGUUUGGAGCUCCAGCGGCCACCGGGGGAUUCGGACAGCCCAUAAACACAGGUCAGUCUAACCUGUUCGGCAGCAGCGGAGCGAAGGGCUUCAGUUUCGGCAGCAGUUCGUUCGGGGAGCAGAAGCCCAGCGGAUCCUUCAGCAGCGGAGGCGGAUCUGUUGCUGCACAGGGCUUCGGUUCCUUCUCCACUCCCACUAAACCAGCUGGUUUCGGCGCUGCUCCAGUGUUCGGCAGUCCUCCAACAUUCGGUGGCUCUCCAGCGUUCGGUGGGACUCCAGCGUUCGGCUCGGCUCCGGCCUUCAGCAGCCCACAGAGUGGCUCCUCAGGGAAGGUCUUCGGGGAGGGAACCACUGCCUCCAACAUGGGCGGAUUUGGCUUUGCUUCUCCAAAUGCUCCAUCAUUCGGCGGUCUGGCCAAUCAGGGCGCAGGAGCGACCUUCGGGAGUCUGGCACAGCAACAGCAACAACAACAACAACAAUUACAGCAGCAGCAGCAGCAGCUACAACAACAGCAGCAGCUCCAACAGCAACAGCAACAGCUCCAACAGCAGCAACAGCAACAGCUCCAACAGCAGCAGCAGCUCCAACAGCAGCAGCUCCAGCAGCAGCAGCAGCAGCCGUCAGCCUUCAGUGCUCAGAGCGGAGCCUUCAGCGGAUUCAGCUCACCUUCAGGUUUUGGAGGCUUUGGGAGCCAAAACACCAACCAGCCAUCAUCUCAGACCUUCAGCAGCUGGAGAAGUUGAUCCGCGCUUUCACACACACACACACACACACACACACACACACACACACACACACACACACACACAGCAGCGGCUUCUGAUCUGAUGCAGUUUUCUCAGUAUCAUAUGAGGUGUGUGUGUGUGAUUGAGUGAGUGUGUGCAGAUCUUCUCAUGGUGAUGUUUUAUGUUCAGUGUGUUUGUUCUGUUUUAAUCUGCAUGAUUGCAAAUAAACUCCAGAGCUGUUGA